CACAGAACAAGAUCAUGGGGCACUCCAACGUGUGGAAUUCUCACCCUAAGAACUACGGCCCUGGCUCCCACGCCUGGUACAGAAUAUCGCUUCUUCUCUUCCAACCUGGCUCAUGCCUUCUAGUUGGGUUGAUCAGGAAGUACAGCCUCAUGUGUUAUAGGCAAUGCUUCCGCAGCAAUGCCAAGGAAAUUGGCUUCAUCAAGGUUCUAAUUGUUUGA